AUGAAGUGUUUAAAUGGUAUUCGUGUUCUUUCAAUGAUAUGGAUUGUAUGGGGUCAUACAUAUAAUUAUAUUGGUGAUCAAAGUUAUUUUUUACUUACUCAAAAUGCACUUGAUUUAUUAGAUCUACAAAAACAACGUGCGGAUGCACAAAUUAUAAUUAAUGCAUUAUAUGGUGUUGAUACAUUUUUUCUUAUUAGUGCUAUGUUAGUUACAUUAUCAUUAAUGCGUAUGCUUAAAAAAAGUGGUAUGCCUAGAUGGUAUUUUUGGCCACUCAUGUACAUUGAACGUUAUUUACGUCUUAUACCACCAUAUAUAAUGAUAUUUUUAUUAUAUAUAUAUGUUGUACCUUAUAUUGGUCGUGGACCAUUAUGGGCAGCAGACAAUUUUCCAAUGAAAAAUUAUGAUUGUCAUCAUUAUUGGUGGGCUUAUUUUCUUUUAGUUAACAAUUUUGUGCCUGGAGGAAGAGGUACACGAUGUUUGGGAUAUUAUUGGUAUGUCUCAAAUGAUUUUCAAUUAUUUGUUAUAGCACCAAUUCUUAUUGUACCAUUAUAUUAUUUUCCAUUAAUUGGUUCAUUUAUGUUACUUGGAAUUUUAAUUGCAAGUUCCUGUAUAUUAGGAUUUAAUAUUGCAAAUACUUAUCGUUAUGGACAAAUUCUUCCUACACUUCAAGCUAUAUGGGAAGAUACUUACAUAAAACCAUAUUGUCGUGCUGGUCCGUAUGUUAUUGGUAUUGUACUUGGUUAUAUAUUUUUUAAAACUGAUAAAAAGAGAGUCCAUUUACAUCCACUAUAUCAUUUAUUAUGUUGGGCAUUAACAAUUGUUUUUAUGAUAACAAGUAUAUUUGGUAAUUGGAGAAAUCAUGAAGAAGGUGCUACACCAAUGACUACUGCUGUGUAUGUACUUUACUUUGUUUUAUCACGUAUUGCUUGGCCAUUAGCUAUAGCAUGGAUUAUAUUUUCAUGUUAUAAAGGUCUUGCACCACUUAUUGAUAGUAUGUUAUCAUGGCGUGGUUUUACAUUUUUUGCUCAUAUUUCAUAUACAACUUAUUUAAUACAUCCAAUGAUUAUGGUUUAUUAUAUGUUUGCUCAACAAAGUUUAUUUCAUGCAACUGAUAUAACAUUACUUUAUUUAUUUUUUGGUCAUUUAAUAUUUGCAUUAUUACUUGGAUUUGUAGCACACGCUGUAUUUGAACGUACAUUUGGCGUUCUUAUUGGAUUGAUUUUACCAAAGCGUCAACGAUAA